AUGGUCACGAGUACGCAAAAAUUGAAGGGCGGCGAGCGCGUGAAGGGUGACCUACGCGAUUCAUCGCCGGGCCCCAAUUCAUUUUCGGGACAACCUGGCAGCGCUAGUGGCGGAGGAGGGAAUGGCAGUACCAGCGGACCAACGUUCACCUUCGACAGAGUGUUUUGGAGCAUGCAGGCGGGAUCGAAAGGUCGGGAGCGUCAGGGGUCGCUCGGCAGGAGCCCCGCCCCAUACGCAUCCCAGAACUGCGUGUUCGAAGGAAUCGGGCAGGGCGUCGUCGAGAGUUGCCUUGCCGGCUUCAACACUUGCCUCUUCGCCUACGGCCAGACGGGGUCAGGGAAGACGUUCACUAUGAUGGGGGCCGGUCCCUCCGAACCACCAGCAGCAAAGGCAAUAGAAGCAACAGCGAUAGAACAAACGGAACAGCAGGUAAGGGCGGUCACACCCCCGCCCCCGCCCGUCGAGAUGAUGGCCUUAAAGUCUGAGCAACAAGCGUCGGACGCAGCGGUGGCGGAAAGCGACACGCAGGGAGCGACAGUGAGCAAACCUCCUAGCGACAGCGACAGUAAUAUCAGCAAUGACGGUGGAACAUCGACAUCAAACGCCACCACCUCGGAAGGCACGAGCGGUAUCAGACCGCGACCCACUGUGACCGGCGCGCAAGUCAGCAACAACAGCAACAGCGGCGGCAGCAGCAGCAGCGACAGCAGCGGCAAGACCAGGAACAAGAACAAGAACAACAGCAGCAUCACCACCAACAGCACGUCCGAAGGGUCUUCCGGCGUCAGCACGGACGGCCCGGGCGGCACCGGCGACGCCAAUCGAGGCGUGAUCCCGAGGAUCUGUGACUUCUUGUUCGAGCGCGCGGAGGCGGUGACCGCAGAGGCCAACGCUACCGCGGGUGUUGUUACCGGAGGUCCAGAAGCUAUUGGCGAGGUGCGGGAACAUCCUACGAAGGGCCCCUUUGUGGAAGGCGUCGUCACCGCAACGGUGACCACUGCUAGGGAGACAGAGCGGCUGCUGGUGGAGGGGCAGGCAAGGAGGGCGGUGGCCGGCACCAACAUGAACGAGACAUCGUCGCGCAGCCACGCCAUCUUCACCAUCGUGGCCACUAAGGUGGAGCGUGACCUGCAGACGGGCGCGGAGGGUUUUACGACAAGCAAGGUAAACUUGGUGGAUUUGGCCGGCUCGGAAAACGCCAACACGGCGGGGUCGGCCGGCACUCGGUUGAAGGAGGGCGCCGCCAUCAACAAGUCUUUGCUCACACUGGGCAGGGUCAUCAAGGCUCUCGUGGAUGCUUCCACUGAGGGGCGCCCCCGCGUCAUCCCAAGCUCCAGCCCCCGCAAGUCCGAGCAGAGGUUGGCAGGGAACGCCGGAGUGGAUGAGAGCCUCCCAGAUCCACCGCCGUUGUUGACCGUAAAAAAGGUUUCAAGCAACCGGUCGCUAUUGCAGACCCCUUCUCCAGUCCAUGGCCCCGCUCCCUCUCCGGCCGCCGCCGCAGCCACCGCCGCCGCAUAUCUGGCCGCGGUGAACGGGGAGGGGAGCAUCACCGGGCACAGCAGGGUAUCAUCGAUUGAUGGCGCUGGCAAAAACGAUGACGGCAGUGGCCGUCACAGUCGAAUCCCGUCCGCAGGGGGGGAUGGUCGUGGCCGAGGUCGAGGGCCUCGCAUCAGCAGACGGAGGUCGUCAGGGUCCAUGCAAGAUCACCGGUUUCAGCAGCAUAUACUAUCCCCGCCUUCAUCAUCUCCGCCCCGGUCUCCCUUUGCCUCCCCACCCCUGUCCCCGUGUACUUCUCCGCCCACCUCGCCGCGAUCAUCCAUCGGGCCGGCAGGGUCUUCCCCGAGAGUUCCCAGACGAGAUGGUGGGGGCGAUGGAGGGGGUGGGGGUCUCCGGCAGUCAAUCGGCGGCGGCGGGAGGGUACCGUACAGGCCCGGUGUCCGGUUCCUGGAAGAGACCAUGUCGACGUUGCGGUAUGCAGACCAGGCCAAGAGCAUUGUAAACUCCGUCAAGGUUAACGAGGAUCCGUUCGCUCGAACCGUCCGCCGCCUCCAGGAGGAGGUGAGAGAGAUCAAUAGUUUGAGACCACCAACAAUCACCCAAUGUGCACUUGAAACGGUUAACAACUGUGAGAGAUUCUGCAAACCUUAG